CGACUGUCGUGGGUUAUUUUUAACAUACCCCGAACACAUAUAAGACACCACAAACGUAGUCUAAAGUAACUCAGUUGCUCCAAGAGCGUUCAUCAGAAAUUCAGUAUACCUCCACCGGAAAAGAACCUCUCCCGCGAGAAGACUCCAACGCAAACAACAAUGUGUGACGAAGAAGUUGCUGCUCUUGUGGUUGAUAAUGGCUCCGGCAUGUGCAAGGCCGGUUUUGCCGGUGAUGAUGCCCCCCGUGCUGUGUUCCCAUCCAUUGUAGGACGACCACGUCAUCAGGGAGUGAUGGUUGGCAUGGGUCAGAAGGACUCCUAUGUGGGUGAUGAGGCCCAGAGCAAACGUGGUAUCUUGACCCUCAAGUACCCCAUUGAACAUGGUAUCAUCACCAAUUGGGACGACAUGGAGAAAAUCUGGCAUCAUACCUUCUACAAUGAGCUCCGUGUUGCCCCAGAGGAGCACCCUGUUUUGCUCACAGAGGCCCCUCUCAAUCCCAAAGCGAAUCGUGAGAAGAUGACCCAGAUUAUGUUUGAAACCUUUAAUUCACCCGCCAUGUAUGUGGCCAUCCAGGCUGUACUCUCCCUCUAUGCCUCUGGACGUACAACGGGUAUUGUUCUGGAUUCUGGAGAUGGUGUCUCCCACACAGUGCCCAUCUACGAGGGCUACGCUCUCCCCCAUGCAAUCCUUCGUCUCGAUCUUGCUGGUCGUGAUCUCACGGAUUAUCUCAUGAAGAUUCUCACGGAACGUGGCUAUUCCUUCACAACCACUGCCGAACGGGAAAUUGUCCGGGAUAUCAAGGAAAAACUCUGCUAUGUUGCUCUUGAUUUUGAGCAGGAAAUGGCCACAGCAGCUGCCUCGACGUCUCUGGAGAAGUCCUACGAACUUCCCGAUGGACAAGUCAUUACAAUUGGCAAUGAACGCUUCCGCUGUCCAGAAGCUCUCUUCCAGCCAUCCUUCCUCGGUAUGGAAUCCUGCGGUAUUCACGAGACCGUCUACAACAGCAUCAUGAAGUGCGAUGUGGACAUCAGGAAGGAUCUCUACGCCAAUACCGUAAUGUCUGGUGGUACUACAAUGUAUCCUGGUAUUGCUGAUCGUAUGCAAAAGGAGAUCACCUCCCUUGCCCCGUCUACAAUUAAAAUCAAGAUUAUCGCUCCACCAGAGAGAAAGUAUUCCGUCUGGAUUGGUGGCUCCAUUCUCGCUUCUUUGUCCACAUUCCAGCAAAUGUGGAUCUCCAAAGAGGAAUACGAUGAAUCUGGACCAGGAAUUGUUCACAGAAAAUGCUUCUAAGCACGUACUAAAAGUAUUUUAUUUUCACUUUUUUUUGUUCAUAAAACCUCUCAAACAAAAGCUGCGUGAGAGGUAAGAAUUUUGUAUUAAGAGAUGUAUUAAUAGAUCAUAAAUAAAUAAUAGAAAUUUCUAAGAA